AUUUGUCAUGCGCAAAUGGAGUUGAUCAUCCUCCAUGUUUGUUUACCUUUGCAGACCGCUUCGUUCACCUCGCGAUCCAUUAAUUGAUAUAUGUUUGACCGGAAUGGAAGUCAGGGGCAGAAUGACAUAGUUUACUCUUAAAACAUUAUACUGUUAAAGUAGGGGAUAAUUGAAUUGUUCUUUUGAUUGAUGUCUGUUUGUUUUGACGUGUAAAUAGUCCACGCACAUGCCAUUCAGUUGAACCUGCCGAGCUGGCGACGUCACUGCCUGCAUCUUUUCGACUGAAUUCUUCUUCUUUAUAGCCGCUUAUUUCUAAAAAAAACUUCAUACUUCUAUUCAACAUUCUUCUACUUCAAUUACGCCGACCGAUCUCAUUAUAAAUCCUGUGAAAAUAUGGGAAAUACGACUCCGAAGGGUCGCCAUGCGUCUGGAGAUGAUAUGGGCCCAUCGUUAACAGCUGGUCGAUAUAUGAACGAUUCAGGAUCAUUUGACCCACCAGAUGUCCUUCCACCAAACUUUCGGAGAGCAAGAGCUGCCACUACACAAAGUCAGGGCGACCCUGAGAAUCUUAAAGAGAAGUUAUUACCUACAGUGUUCAAAUGGGAAGGCGGGGGCAAGGAAGUGUACAUAUCAGGAACGUUCAAUCAGUGGCGGCAAAAGAUACCGCUCGCCAAAAGCCAUGGUGAUUUUUUUGCUAUGGUGAAUUUAGAGGAAGGAGAUCAUCAAUAUAAGUUUUUUGUUGAUGGUCAAUGGGUACAUAGCCAGAAUGAGCCUACUAUAGAAAAUACUGUCGGGACAUUGAACAAUAUAGUCAACGUGAAAAAAUCAGAUUUUGAAGUGUUUGAAGCAUUAGCACUGGAUAGCAAAAACACCAACAGUGCCAAACGACUUGACAUCAAUGGUCCACAAAGUGAGUAUGGACAGGAGGUGCCCCCGCGACGACCAGGAGAAAAACAUAGUGGGCCCCCUAUACUACCUCCUCACCUGCUCCAGGUCAUACUUAACAAGGACACACCGGCUCAUUGUGAGCCUUCCCUUCUGCCUGAACCAAACCAUGUGAUGUUAAACCAUCUUUAUGCAUUAUCAAUAAAGGAUGGCGUGAUGGUGCUGAGUGGUACUCAUAGAUUCAGGAAAAAGUAUGUGACUACACUACUAUACAAACCAAUCUAGCACCGCCACACUUCUGUGUAUAGUUUAAUUAAUUGUGUCUGGCUCAGAUUUACAGCCAUUUUAGGAAUAUUUUAUAAACCAAGGAAUCGAAGAGGAUGAGGACUGAUAUGUUAGGUGACUCACUGUCUGAUUAUAGACAGGCGUUCUGUAAAUAGCUUAGACCAAGUAAACUGGAGUGCUAGUUGUGCAAAUAUAUAUUAUUAUUUGAGUGUGUGUAUGAGCAGAGAUGUUGUAAGAAUGAGUAAGAAUUUGCAAAAAAGAGAGAGAGAGAGAGUUGCGGUUUUAUUUUGUUUAAAAGACGAAUGUGAUAUAAAUAUGUAUAUAAUAGGGUUGUAUUUGUAAAUUGUAAAUAGUUGUGUAUAGAGACAGACUAACAACAGUGUUAACUGGGCUUGUGAAUAUGUUCUUUAUCAUCUGAUAUGAUAUGACGGAGCAGAGUCGCAUCAAAAAUCUUAUUUAUGUAGGAUCUCAAUGGCAGAUAGAAAUGAUAUCAAAACCAAGUGCAGCAUUGUACAUCAAUCACUGUAAUGUGUUGUUAAAGCUUCCUAUGUACAAUUAAUUACUGUAAGGGGGAACGCAUUGUACAUCAAUCACUGUAAUUCCUUGUUAAAGCUUCCUAUGUACAAAUUAAUUACUGUAAGGGGGAACGCAUUGUACAUCAAUCACUGUAAUUCCUUGUUAAAGCUUCCUAUAAUGUACAAUUAAUUACUGUAAGGGGGGAACAUUCUGUUGUAUUGCAUUGCAACACAGAACACACAAGUUGAGUGGAAGUUGUUUCCACUAUAGUAAAGAGAGAUGUAUCGGUACAUAAUGUUCAAGGAGUACUGUGAUCCUGUGGAACGUUUGGUAGUCAGUGUGAGGUGUAUUGGGUACAUACUGUGGUAAUGUUAUAAUAAACAGACUUAUCAACCAAGGCCAUGUUUUAAUUUGUUCAAGCUGACAUACUGUGAUAGAAGUAGGAAUUUCAACUUUCAUUUCAUAAAGAUUGUGUAAUGUUUUUAAAACUUGUUUUUUUCCUGACAUGCUUUAGUUGCAUCCAAAUUUUUUAUGAGAAGAUCAAUCUUUCUGGGUAAUUCUAUUAAAAGCUUACCCUACAUAAGAAACAGAAUUAACCAAACGUGCAAUAACUUAAAAUUUCAUAUCAACAUUUAUGUGAUCAUCCUACUUUCCUGUCAUUAUUAGACAGAAGCUGUUGUGAAGGCUCAGUUUUAUUCGACACUGUUGUCAUAAGACUAUAGGUGUUGUAAGGAGGUAACACCCCAAAUAUUCAACCCUCAGUAAAUGUCUAUCGUU